GGACGAGACUUAUGAAAUUGUCAGUUCUAUGAAUUACUUAGAUGCAGUUAUCUGUGAAACUCUUCGAAUCUACUCUCCUGCAUCAUUUGCAGAACGACGUGCUUUACAAGAUUAUACGUUUGACGACAUAGGGUUGACUAUACCUAAAGACACACCAGUGAGGUUUCCAAUCUACGCCAUUCACCAUGACCCAAAAAAUUUUCCAGAGCCCGAGAAAUUCAAUCCAGACAGGUAACAACUUAUUUUAUUUUACACAGAAAGGUAAUAGUUGUUUUUAUGUAGUCCAAACAAGUAACAGUUGAUUUUAUCCGACCUAGAUGGGUCACAGCUGUUUUCAUUUGCUCCA